UUGGUGUCUAUUUAAAGUUCGCCCCAUAGCAGCAGCGACAGCCGUUUCACUGUCCAGUACGGUCAGACCGCAGUCGUGGCCAGUCGCGAACAGUCGAGAGUCAGACCUGGGCCUGAUUAGACCCUCCUAGUAGCUGCUCCUUUCAUUAUCACGGCAGUUCAGAAAACACUUUCACCAAGAUGCUGAGAGAAACGUUCCUGGUACUUGCGACGCUCCUCGUACUGGCUGCUGCGACCCAGGUGAACCACUGUGGAAACGGUAAACUCUACGAAGAUCCUAAUCAGGUCCAGAUAACCGGCUGCAACAGUCCCCCGUGCAAGCUCAAGAAGAGGACUAAGAUCGGCAUCGAGCAAAAAUUCGUACCCAACAGGGACGUGCAGACUCUGACCACUUCCGUUCACGCCACCAUCCUCGGAAUUCCACUUCCGUUUGUAGGUGUCGAUGGGGCCAACGCUUGCCAGAAUAUCUUCAACGCCGACGGAAGUAAAAGCAGUUGCCCCCUGAAAAAGGGGACACCAUAUAUAUACAAGAACGAGUUCCCUAUUCUGGAACUUUAUCCUAAGGUGUCCCUUGUCGUGUACUACGCACUCACGGAGAAGAACGAUAUCGUAACCUGCUUCGAAGUACCUUCUAAGAUUACCUCGUGAGGAGUGUUUAUUGUUUUUACCGUGGUACUCUUGUUCGUUGGAAGAAAGAACGACAGUAACUGCGAGGACAUCCUCGAGUAGUUCGAAUAACGAGAGUUUACAGUUGAGAAGAUAUCUUGGCGGAGAUACUCAAUUUUCUACAUUAAAUACUUUACAAGUUGGUAGAACGUCUCUUCCUGAUAUUUCCCGGGUAACAGCUCGCUUUUUAGUAACUCGAUGUACAUAAUGAAAUAAACAGUUUUAUAAUUUUUAA